AAUUACCACCUGUUGGAAUACAAACUGCUCAAGGAUUACCAAACAAUACUUUUCAACAAUCUAUUGCACUCUUAUUGCAAAAUAAUCUAAACACUCUUGCAAACCAAUUGAAAAACAAAGAGAAAAAUAGACAAUGUCUAUUAGUACAAGGCACAGGAUUAAACAGAUCUAAUCUCCGUAAAAAAUAUCAUAUGCAAACAGCUACAGAAGACAAUUACACAUCUAACUCAUCAGAU